CGGCCUUCGGCCAGCUCCCUCGACCGAUCUUCACAACCUCAUCCGUUCCCAGAGGGCACUGGGGCACUGGAGAUGGAUGGCCUGACCAGCAGCGAGAUCGCCGGCUUCGUGGUGGGUGGGCUGCUGCUCGGCGCCACCAUCACUGCGCCCAAGGUCGAUGGCUUCAUUGCCUCUUCCCAAAGAAGGUCACUUGGUAUGUGUAAAAGGUGCGGUGAUCUUCAGAUUGUAGCAUGCUCACAGUGCAAAGGAAUGGGCUCAGUUCGGAAAGGAGGUGUACUUAGUUUGGGCAUGCUAGAUGAUCUCUACGAAUCACUUGGAGCUGAAGCCAAGACUGACAAUUUAGUUCCAUGCACAAAGUGCAGAUCCAAAGGCCGUCUCUUGUGUCCAGAGUGCUCGAAGAUUGUAUGAUCCUUCAAUAAUAAUAAUGAUACAAGGAAAUAUAAGGUUCUAAGUUAUGCUCACAAAUUUCCGUGCUUUAAUUGGCACAAACUGAUGAUACUACAGCCAAAUGCAGUCUGAUUUUUCUUCUUCAUGAUCGCAUCUUGAUGUUUAGUUUUAAACUGCAAGUUUUAAUAUGUGUUUCCAUUUUACAAUUGGAAGGAAAAAACA